GCGAUCCCCCGUGUAAGAGUGAGGUGGAGGAGGACAUUCCAGUCCAUGUGACCACAGAAUAUCCCAUUAAGAAGUCUGAUGGAAACAUGAUGUUAUCACAAGAUUAUAAAGUAGAAGAUAUCGGACAGCGCUCUUCAGAAGACUUCAUUACCUGUAAUGUACAUUCAGGACUUCACACUACAGAUCUAUUAUAUAACCCCGCUAAUCAUGAGGAACCUGCUACUGCCCGAUCACAGAUUGUUACCACAAGUACCGGGCAGAAAGGGGGUAAGAGGUUUCAGUACAGUGACUGUGGGAAACAGUUUUCACAUAACUCAGGUCUUUUUAUACACCAAAGAAGUCACACAGGAGAAAAGCCAUGUCCAUCUAGAGAAUGUGGGAAAUCUUUUACAAGGAAAUCACAUCUUGUUACACACAGGAGAAUUCACACAGGGGAAAAGCCAUAUUCAUGUUCACUGUGUGGAAAAUGUUUUUCAGAUAAAUCAAGUCUUGUUACACAUGAACAAAUUCACACAGGAGAGAAACCAUAUUCAUGUUCAGUAUGUGGAAAAUGCUUUACAGAUGAAUCAAGUCUUAUUACACAUGAGAGAAUUCACACAGGAGAGAAGCCAUAUUCAUGUUCACAAUGUGGGAAGUGCUUUACAGAUAAAGCAAGCAUUGUUAAACAUGAGAGAAUUCACACAGGAGAUAAACAAUUUUCAUGUUCAGAAUGUGGGAAAUGUUUUACAAACAAAUCAUUUCUUGUUACACAUAAGAGAAGUCACACAGGAGAUAAACAAUUUUCAUGUUCAGAAUGUGGAAAAUGUUUUUCAUAUAAAUCAAAUCUUAUUACACAUGAGAGAAUUCACACAGGAGAGAAGCCGUAUUCAUGUUCACAAUGUGGGAAGUGCUUUACAGAUAAAUCAAGCAUUGUUAAACAUGAGAGAAUUCACACAGGAGAUAAAACAUUUUCUUGUUCAGAAUGUGGAAAAUGUAUUUCAAAUAAAUCAAAUCUUAUUAAACACCAGAGAAUUCACACAGGAGAGAAGCCCUAUUCAUGUUCAGAAUGUGGGAAAUGUUUUACAAACAAAUCAAAUCUUAUUACACAUGAGAGAAUUCACACAGGAGAGAAGCCCUAUUCGUGUUCAGAAUGUGGGAAAUGUUUUACAAACAAAUCAUAUCUUGCUACACAUGAGAGAUAUCACACAGGAGAGAAACCCUAUUCAUGUUCAGAAUGUGGGAAAUGUUUUACAAACAAAUCAUAUCUUGUUACACAUGAGAGAUAUCACACAGGAGAGAAGCCCUAUUCAUGUUCAGAAUGUGGAAAAUGUUUUGUCGCCAAAAUCAAUCUUAAAAAUCACCAGAGAAUUCACAUAGGGGAGAAGCCGUAUUCAUGUUCAGAAUGUGGCAAAUGUUUUACAAAUAAAUUAAUCCUUGUUGCUCAUAGAAGAAGCCAUUCAGGAGAGAAGAUGUGAUGUUCUACAUGAGAAUUAAGAAAAAUGUCUUACUGUAGAGGGAAGUGCCAGGUGUCUGUAUAUGUAUGUAUAUAACUAGAGUUGAAAAAUGGGGCAGCACUCCUUAAUCAAAGCAAUCCGGGUGCAUGUGUUCAACCCUUGUUCAAGGGUGUAUUUAUACACUGAAGAAAUCCACGGCACUCCUGUAGAUAGUGAAAAAAAUGUGCCUUUAUUUACACAUGUCACAGCAGCGAAAUUUCGGUCCUCUCACAGAACCUUCCUCAAGACAAGUAAAUUAUAAAGUGCAGAGUGCAAAAAUGUAUACACAAUAUGAUUAUUAAUCAAUAAACCUUAAAAGUGCAUGUCUUGAUGAUAAAUCCCUCAUUUAGAGUGUUAUCCUCCAGGAAUAUAGUGCAUAUAACCAUGAUUAAACACCAA